GUGCGUCUCCUCCCCUCCCUCCCGCUCCUUCCCCGCAUCUCUCCCUCCAGCAGCUGCAGCACCUCUUCCCUCCCAGUCCCCCAGUGUCACCGAGAGCGGAGAGAGUGAGGCGGCCGGGCCCCGGGGAGGAGGAGGAGGAGGAGAAGGAGCUGCAGCAGCGACACUUACAGCACCGGGGCCAUGGACUGUCUGUGUAUUGUCACCACCAAGAAAUAUCGUUACCAGGAUGAUGACUCUCCGCCCCUAGAGCACAGUCCCUCCCACUUGGCCAAUCCCAUGAAAGCUCCGGAGCUUGUUCAUGUGUCCGAAAAAAACCUUUCCCAGAUCGAGAAUGUGCACGGAUACGUGUCCCACUCACAUAUCUCCCCAAUGAAGGCCAGUUCUCCUCCUGUCAUUGUAAAUGCAGAUACACUGGAAGCACCGGCAUAUGUGAAUGGAACAGAAGCUGAAAUGGAAUAUGAAGAGAUCACAUUAGAGAGAGGUAAUUCAGGUUUAGGGUUCAGCAUUGCUGGCGGCACCGAUAAUCCCCAUGUAGGGGACGACCCCAGUAUCUUCAUCACCAAGAUCAUUCCAGGGGGAGCUGCUGCUCAAGAUGGGCGUCUCAGGGUGAAUGACAGCAUACUGUUUGUGAAUGACGUGGAUGUGAGGGAGGUUACUCACAGUAUAGCGGUGGAAGCUCUGAAGGACGCCGGAUCCAUUGUCCGUCUGUACGUCAUGCGCAGGAAACCAGCAUCCGAGAAAAUCCUCGAUAUCAAACUUAUCAAGGGACCCAAAGGUCUGGGCUUUAGCAUUGCCGGGGGAGUGGGCAAUCAGCACAUCCCAGGGGAUAACAGUAUCUACGUCACCAAGAUCAUUGAGGGGGGAGCAGCACACAAGGACCUGCGCCUACAAAUCGGAGACAAGAUACUUGCGGUGAAUAACGUGGGUUUAGAAGAUGUCAUGCAUGAGGAUGCGGUGGCUGCUCUGAAGAACACCUCGGAUAUUGUGUACCUCAAGGUGGCCAAGCCAACUAACGUCUAUCUCAAUGAUUCCUACGCUCCACCUGAUAUCACCACCUCCUACUCCCAGCAGUUGGACAGUGACCUCUGUCACCCAAGUUACCUGGGCCCUGAAUAUGCACCGAUAAUGACCCCGACGUCCCCCAGGCGGUAUUCCCCCAUUCCCAAGGAGCUGAUGGGAGAAGAGGAGGUUCCCAGGGAACCUCGCAGAAUUGUCAUACAUCGUGGAUCUACUGGUCUGGGAUUUAAUAUUGUCGGAGGUGAAGAUGGAGAAGGGAUCUUUAUCUCAUUUAUUCUGGCCGGUGGACCAGCCGACCUUAGUGGAGCCCUUAGAAAGGGAGACCAGAUCAUGUCUGUGAAUGGAGUAGACUUGAGGAGUGCUACACAUGAACAGGCUGCGCUUGCUCUGAAGAACGCAGGACAGACAGUUACUAUCAUAGCCCAAUAUAAACCAGAAGAGUAUAGCAGGUUUGAAGCCAAAAUUCAUGAUCUACGAGAGCAGCUGAUGAACAGCAGUCUGGGCUCUGGCAGUGCCUCUCUGCACAACUCCAACGGUGCGAAGAGAGGCUUCUACAUAAGGGCACUUUUUGACUAUGACAAGACUCGGGACUGUGGCUUCCUGAGUCAGGCUCUCAGCUUUAAGUUUGGGGACAUCCUCCACGUCAUAGAUUCGACAGAUGAAGAGUGGUGGCAAGCCCGCCGUGUUCUGCCAGAGGGGGAGGAGAUUGGGUUCAUCCCUAGCAAGAGCAGGGUUGAGAGGAGAGAAUGGUCUCGACUAAAGGACCGAAGCUCAGGAGGGUCUCAGAGUCGAGAGGAGACAGUGCUGAGUUAUGAGGUUGUGGUUCACAUGGAAGUGCAUUAUGCUCGUCCUAUUAUAAUCCUGGGCCCAGGGAAGGACAGGGUUAAUGAUGACCUGCUCUCCGAAUUCCCUGACAAGUUUGGCUCCUGUGUCCCACACACGACCCGCCCCAAGAGGGAUUAUGAAGUGGACGGGAGAGAUUAUCACUUUGUUUCUUCUCGGGAGAAAAUGGAAAAGGACAUUCAGAGCCACAAAUUCAUUGAGGCGGGACAGUAUAAUGGGCACCUGUAUGGCACCAGUGUGCAGAGCGUCCGGGAGGUGGCCGAGCAGGGGAAGCAUUGCAUUCUGGAUGUAUCCGCUAACGCAGUAAGGCGCCUGCAGGCCGCACAGCUCCAAGCAAUUGCCAUAUUUAUACGGCCCAAAUCUCUGGAGAAUAUCCUAGAAAUUAACAAACGUUUAACAGAGGAACAAGCCAGAAAAACCUACGAGAGAACCACCAAGCUUGAGCAGGACUUCACAGAGUGUUUCUCAGCGGUGGUGGAGGGUGAUAGCUUUGAAGAGGUCUACCAUAAAUGUAAGGGGAUUAUCGAGGACCUCUCAGGGCCCUACAUUUGGGUUCCAUCUCGUGAGAGACUUUAAGAUCUGCCUCCACUUGCAAACCCACCAGAAACCAGCGGAGUGUCCCCUUCCCUCGGAGCUUGUUACAUCGGGGGACAGUAAGGCACUUUGGAUGCCCCCCAAGGCCUUGACAACUUGCCGCCCUUCUCCAGGGUGCCUUAUCUCUAAACGUGGGUGAAAUCCUCCACUGCAGGAGACUGAAUCAAGCGAUCACGGCGUGUGUGUAAAGAUAUAUAUAUAUGUGCGUGUAUAUAAUAUACAUACACACCGCUGUUAGAUUCCUGCUCUUCUGAUUUUACACAGCUCCUCGGGGGAGUGGUUUCCUUCUGACUUACCCCUGCGGUAUGCAGUGGGUGUGGUUUUCUCUGGCCCUGCCCAGUGCAGUGGGUGGGGCCUGGUGUACAAAGAGACUUUAGUCCUGUUUUUUUAUCUCGCUGUCUGCGUUUAUCUUGUGCAUGCGUCUUACACUGGAGGAGGGGGUCUAGAUUAAUGGACAGAGACCCCGUAAUCGCCCCCAUACUGCACACAGAAGAAGUGAGGUUCAGUUUGGACAAGAUUGCCGCAAUAUGUGGCGGGAGCUUCUCAAAUGUCUCCGAGCUUUUCUUUCCUCCCCUUUUAUAAUGAGAAUAAAACGUCUCACCUCUCAUAAGGGGGAGAAGCGAGUGGUCACACGAGGGAGAGGAGCAAGGGAUGGAAUUCAGGCUCGGCCAGGAGAGAACAUUCAGUAAUAACAAAUAAAACUAUUUUAUGUGGAUAAAUAAAAUGUUAUAUAUUUA